AUGGAAAAAGAUACUGUUGGCAAACGUUUCUUCCAAGUUUGGUCUCUGGGCCAAGCUAUAACAUGGCGCUUCACUUUGUUUAUAUUCUUAAUCCUGAUUACAGGAACUGUUGUCACCGGAGAGUCUUUAGACACAGACAAAGAAGUUCUGCUGAAUCUGAAAUCAUUCCUGGAAGAACAGAAUCCCAUAAAUCGAGGAAGAUACUCAGAAUGGAAUGCUGACAACUCGAUUCCAUGUCAAUGGCAUGGAAUCUCUUGUUCUCCUGAUGGACAAAGAGUCAUUGGUAUAGACCUCUCUGACAACUAUAUUUCUGGGGAAAUGUUCUAUAACUUCUCAGCCUUAACCGAACUUCGUGAACUUGAUCUCUCAAGAAACACCAUAGGUGGAGCUAUAUCUGACGAUUUGAACCGAUGCAGUAGCCUUGUAUACCUCAACCUGUCACAUAACCUCCUAAAUGGAAAGCUGCAAUUGACAGGGUUGAAUAGUUUAGAGAAGCUUGAUUUGUCCAUGAAUAGGAUUGAAGGGGAUAUUGAAGUCAGUUUUCCAGCAAUUUGCAAAAGGCUGAUUGUUGCAAACCUUUCAGCUAACAAUUUCACCGGUAGGAUAGAUAAUUGCUUUGAUGCAUGCUGGAAUCUGCAGUAUCUGGACUUGAGCUCCAACAAUUUUGUUGGCAGUAUAUGGAGUGGAUUUGCAAGGCUUGUGGAGUAUUCAGUUUCUGAAAACUUAGUUUUUGGGCCACUCUCAAGAUCAAUGUUUACAAAUAAUUGUAGUUUACAGGUGUUGGACCUUUCUGAAAACAAUUUUCAAGGUGAACUUCCAGGGGAGAUUUCAAAUUGCAAGAAUUUGGCUAUCUUGAAUAUAUGGGGAAACAAUUUUACUGGGCCAAUUCCAUCAGAGAUGGGGAUGAUUUCCACUCUUGAAGGCUUGUUCUUGGGGAACAACAGUUUUUCUAGUGUGAUUCCAGAAUCCCUGCUGAACCUGGCAAAUUUGGCCUUUUUGGAUUUAAGCAGGAACAAUUUUGGUGGAGAGAUACAAGAGAUUUUUGGGAGAUUCACACAGGUGAAGUUUCUUGUAUUACACGGAAAUUCUUACACAGGAGGGAUUAUUUCUUCUGGUAUUCUCAAGCUACCAAAGAUUUCUCGCUUAGACCUGAGUUACAACAAUUUCUCUGGUCCAUUGCCUGUUGAAAUCUCUCAAAUACAAAGUUUGAAUUUCUUGAUGCUGGCCCACAAUCAAUUUACAGGUGGUAUACCACCGGAGUAUGGAAACUUGCCGCAGUUACAAGCUCUUGAUCUCUCCUUCAACAACCUCUCUGGAUCAAUCCCGCCAGCCCUUGGAAAAUUGAGCUCUCUCUUAUGGUUGAUGCUUGCAAACAACUCUCUUAGCGGUGAAAUUCCACCUGAGAUUGGAAACUGCAGUAGCUUAUUAUGGCUAAACCUUGCUAACAAUCAACUUUCUGAAAGAAUCCCUCCUGAGUUGACUAGGAUAGGGAGAAAUGCUACUCCAACUUUUGAAUCAAAUCGGCUACACAAUGACAGGAUAAUUCCUGGUUCUGGUGAGUGCUUGGCAAUGAAGAGGUGGAUACCAGCAGACUACCCACCUUUCAGUUUUGUGUAUAAAAUUCUCACAAGGAAGAGUUGCAGAAGCUUAUGGGAUCAGUUGAUUAAAGGAUAUGGCAUUUUCCCAAAGUGCACUGCAGGUUCAAUGGUAAGCACAUUCCAAAUCUCAGGUUAUCUUCAGGUAAGCGGGAAUCAGUUUUCGGGCGAGAUCCCUUCAGAUAUUGGUAUGAUGCAGAAUUUCAGUAUGCUUCACUUGGGUUUCAAUGACUUCAAUGGCAGACUGCCUUCACAGAUUGGACAGCUGCCACUUGUAGUCCUCAAUAUCACCCAAAACAAAUUUUCAGGAGAAAUUCCAUCAGAAAUUGGGAAUAUCAAAUGCUUAGAGAAUCUAGAUUUGUCAUAUAAUAAUUUUUCUGGCAUAUUUCCAACAAGCUUCAACAACCUGACUGGACUGAGCAAGUUCAACGUUUCAUACAAUCCGCUCAUUUCUGGUGUAAUUCCAACAACUGGCCAAUUGGCUACGUUCGAGAAAGAGUCCUACCUGGGAGAUCCACUACUGGAUGUUCCAGAUUUCAUUGAAAAUAGAACAGAUCAACUGCCAACCUAUAAUGGAAGGCAGCAAAAACCUACUAAGUUGGCUAUGGUUUUGGUUUUACUAGCUCUGACACUGGCCUUUUUAGUUUUCGGGGUUCUAUCGGUUCUUGUUUGCAUAUUGGUGAAAACUCCGGCAGAACCGCAGGGAUAUCUCUUACAGGAUGCAAAGUAUCGACAUGAUCUGGCAUCUAGCUCCGGCGGGUCAUCACCAUGGUUAUCAGAUACCGUCAAGGUCAUCCGUUUGGACAAAACAGCUUUCACACACGCUGACAUUUUGAAGGCUACAGGUAAUUUUUCCGAGGACAGGAUUCUUGGAAAGGGAGGAUUUGGAACAGUGUACGGAGGUGUAUUGCCUGAUGGGAGAGAAGUAGCAGUCAAAAAGCUACAAAGACAAGGAAUUGAGGGUGAAAGGGAGUUCCGGGCUGAGAUGGAAGUUCUUAGUGGAAAUGGCUUUGGUUGGCCGCACCCCAACCUUGUAACACUUUAUGGUUGGAGCCUUGAUGGCUCAGAGAAAAUAUUGGUUUAUGAAUACAUGGGAGGAGGGAGCCUGGAGGAUCUUAUAUCAGAUAGACUGCGGUUAACAUGGCGAAGAAGGAUCGACGUGGCAGUCGAUAUUGCAAGAGCAUUAGUGUUUCUACAUCAUGAAUGCUACCCUGCCAUUGUGCACAGGGAUGUUAAAGCUAGCAAUGUCCUGCUAGAUAAAGAUGGGAGGGCAAAAGUCACAGAUUUUGGUCUUGCUAGAGUUGUUGAUAUUGGAGAUAGCCAUGUGAGCACAAUGGUGGCAGGAACCAUUGGUUAUGUAGCACCAGAAUAUUGGCAGACUUGGCAAGCUACUACAAAAGGCGAUGUGUACAGUUAUGGGGUAUUAGCAAUGGAACUGGCAACAGGAAGGCGAGCUGUGGAUGGAGGGGAAGAAUGCCUGGUGGAAUGGGCCAGGCGUAUCAUGGGGAAUGGACGAAAUGGGUUAGGUCGAGCUGUAAUACCAGUUGCGCUUUUGGGAUCAGGUCUAGCUGAGGGGGCAGAGGCCAUGUGUGAACUACUUCGGAUUGGGGUCAGAUGCACAGCAGAAGCUCCACAAGCUAGACCAAACAUGAAAGAGGUGCUAGCUAUGCUAAUUAGAAUAACAAGCAGUGAAGCAGAUUUCAAUUAG